AUCGCCAGCAACGAUAGGAGUUGAAAGGAGGUGCCGAAUGUACAACAAAAAGAAAUAAUAGAAGACGCUCCAAGAACCUUUCGCAGCAGCAGCAGCAGCAGAAGGAGGAAAAGCAGCAGCCGUUUAUCUCGCCAGUAUUUGCGGCACCAUUUCCCACACAGAGCGCGAUGAAGGAACCGUUUGAAAUCAUGACGGAUCAGGAGCACUACAGCCUUCGGUGGAAUAACCAUCAGAAUCACAUCCUGCGUGCAUUUGACACGCUGCUGCAGACCAAAACGCUGGUGGACGUGACGUUGGUCUGCGCCGAGACGAGUAUCCGGGCGCACAAAGUGGUGCUAUCGGCGUGUUCACCCUUCUUCCAGCGUGUCUUCUCCGAGACGCCCUGCAAACACCCGGUGAUCGUGCUAAAAGACUUCCGCGGAUGGGUCGUGCAGGCGAUCGUGGAUUUUAUGUACCGGGGCGAGAUCAGCGUACCACAGGAGCGGCUCUCGGUGCUAAUACAGGCCGGUGAGUCGUUGCAGGUACGCGGACUGGUCGACCAUCCGGUGGCCGGUAAUACACCGACCCCGGCACAGUCACCGGAGGACUUUAGUCUACUCGAGAGCUCUCUCAUCUCACCCACGACCCCCUCGUUACCUUCGCCCAACUUCCCCCACGCCAACCAUCAGCUACCGUCGGUGUCAACGAGCCUGCGGCCGCAGCAUCAUCAUGCGGCCACCAGCGGGAGUACCAGCACACCGAAGAUGCUUCUACCGCCGCAAGUGUUUGCCGAUCCCGCGAUCAGUCUGCCGAGUGCGGAGCUCUGCACCUCGCCAAUGCCCCGGCGGAAGCAAGCGCGGCCACGGAGACGCUCCGGGGACUGUGCACCGCAGGAUCUGAGCAGCAAACCGACGACUCCCGUCCCGCCACAGCCCGAACUGGACGAUGACGAGCAAGAGGGCAAAGAGGAGCCAGAGGAACGGGCGGAGGACACUGGUGGUGAUGAGGAAGACAUCGAAGGGCUGGAGGAAGAAGAGGACGAGGACGACCACGACGACGACGACGAGGAGGAGGAGGAGGUGGAAGCGGACGAUCUGAAGCGUAUUCUGUGUCGGAGUCAAUCGGUCGAUGAGAAGCUCGCUGCGAUAGUGGCCAAGGAGGAUCAACGGAGGGCCCAGUCACGGGGUAGUGCGGCGAGUGAGGAACGACGAUCACGAUCACUGCACAAAGCACCGGCCGGAGCGCGCAAAACCGGUGCAUCGGGCAAGGCUGAUCGGAGUCGAUCGAAGGGUGACGAUGGAUGCGCCCAGAUGCCAUCACUAACGCCCUCGUCAUCCGGUUCCUCGGUUUCCGAUGGACCCGAGAAUCUGUGCAUGAAAAAGUCCUCCCCGAGUUCCGGUUCGAGCAACAACAAUCAACAUCCUGCAUCGAUCGAGGGUCCGGCGAAUAGUGAUCGUCAUUCACCGGCCGUCAUUCGCAGCACGAGCCGGGACGGGAGUACACGGUUAGGGGGUGAUGGCAUGAAGGACACCCCUUCACCCCUUUCCGACCCUUCCGGUAUUGGGCGGGGGUUGCUGUCGCUGAAGGACAUCCGCCAUUUGAACCGGGCAGCACUGAACCGUUCGCUGGGAUCACUCUCACCGCCACCAUCGUUUGCUUCUUCGCUCAACAACAACCUGCAUCCGGCACUGGGGCUACUGAGCCACCAUCAUCUUCACCACCAUCACCACAAUGACGCGAAACGGGUGAAGAUGGAACAUCGGGAUGAGGAGCGAUCGUCGUUGUUGGCCCACGAUGAUAUGGAACCGCCGCACUUUCUAGAUCACAUGGAUCUGGCCCUCGGAACGCAUCAGCAUCCGCUCGCUACUCAUCCACACCUGUCCACACACCACCAUCUGCGGGGCUCCUCGCCACAGCUCCGGCCACCACCGGUGUCCGCAUUGCUCGAAGGCAUUGGCCCCGAGAACAACAACAGCAGCAGCAGCGGGGGUAGCAGCAAUAGUAAAAAGAACAACGGCGGCGGUGGCAACAACCACCAUGGCAGCUUUCUCCACCACCAUCACCAUCACCAUGGUAACGCGAACAGCAAGCACCAUCAUCAUCCGACCGGCAACGGAGACGGUCCCGGUGGCCCCUUGUCCAGCAACAAUAGCAACAACAACAACAACAACAACAACGGUAGCAGCAGCAACGGAGGAAACAAUAGCAACAGUAGUGGCAGCAAAAACAAUAACAACAACAACAACAACAACAGCCUGCAUCAUCCCUCGCACCAUCCGCAGCACCCACACGGAGGUGGCGGAGGAGGUGGAGGACCGAAAGGAUCCACGGGUCCAGGGAGUGGGCCGAAGGAUUUUCUCCACAGUCCCACCCUGAACUUUCCGCCCUUCUUCAACCACUCGGCGGAUGGGCCGCCGAGACCGCCGCACUCGCCACUGCCCUUUCCGCACAUGCCGUCGGUUUCGUCGCUGACGCUCACCCCGCCACACAUGUUCGGACUAGACUCACCGCUCGGCCUGUUCCCCCCGGGUAUGGAUCCGGGCAAGAUCUACAGUCCGCUGAUGGAAAUGUCGGACCCGCGCGGCAUGCACCACGAUGGUCCACCGUUUCUCAAGAAGAAAAGUAAGUCCACUGUUUGCUUGAACCGACCGAAAGGACAACAUUCGGCACCCCGCGGUGGUCCGCCACGCUCGUGGACGAAUGCCGAGCUGACCGAGGCGCUGCAGCACGUGUGGAACAAAAAGAUGACGACCAGCCAGGCAUCGCGCAUCUUCGGCAUCCCCUACAACUCGCUGCUGAUGUACGUGCGCGGAAAGUACGGCAAAAGCUUGAAGCUGGAGCAACUGCGCAAGGACUGCAUUAGUGGGCCACCGAUCGAGCUGCUCCAGAUGGGCGUCAGCAGCAACAGUAACAGUAGCGGCAAGGAGAAGAAGGAACACAAGGACUCGGACCACCACCACCACCACCAUCAUCAUGGUGGCAGUGGACGGGACGGUAGUAGUGGGCCCAACAAUGGUGGCAAUAGUAGUGGAGGAGGAGGAGGAGGAGGACCGGGAGGAGGCGGACCACGAUCGGCAUCGUCGGAACCGGAGCUACUCUCGAGCCCCAAUCCACUGUUCAACCCAUUCCCGGGUGGCUUCUAUCCGGAUUUCCCGAGCGGGUUCCCGGGGUUGCCGCUCAGCAUGCUGAACCUGCUACCACCGGAACGUCACCCAGCGCACUCGCUACCGAUGGCGGUGGACGAGGACUGUAAGAGCGAUCGCUCGAAGCAAUCGCUGGACGACGAUUACCCGCAACCGCUAGCACUGAACCGGCCGGCCUCGGAGCAGCUGACGGACAACCGGCGCGAGAUCUACCAGCAGAACGGUCAAGACUAA